UUAAAGGUUUUAGGAGACUUUUCAAGACUUGCCUUUGAUAUGCACUGGGAAAAAUCCCCACCAUCAUUGGUUGCCAAUUCAAGACCAUACCAGGGUGUUCGUGUAAGAGACCCAGUCAAAGAGCUGUUGAGGAGGAAAAGAGGUUUGGAGCCUCCCCCUGCUAAGACAUCUCCCUCAGCUGCAGAUGUGGUUCCAUACAACAAUCAGUCAUCCUAUCCACAAGGUAGUUUUGGAUUUGAGCUGGCCAGCAGCGCCUCAACUGACUCCCUGGCCACUGCCGGUGAUGGAGGGGCGCACUAUGCAGGGUGGAGAACCCAGCCGACUGCCACUUUUGCCGGGUUGCAGCCUACCGCAACGUCCUGGUCCUCGUCUGAGUAUAACCACCAGGAUCCCUCCACGCAGACCCUGGCAUAUCCUGCCCCCACCACCCUCACAGCAGAUAUGUAUAUGCAGACUCUCUGCUCUAGCUACACCGUGGUCAGGCCUCCCACAAUGCUGACUUACUCCCACACACCACUCGUCACUAACUUGGGGACAAUACCUAUGGCACCAGCACCAGCCAGCCUCCCGCAGAUGGACCUUCAGGACUCAGGGUUGACUUACAUCCCCUGGGCCCAGCCCCUGACGACCAUAUCCACCAUGCCCAGCACAGGGGUUCAGUUUACACCAGGUUCUGCAGCACUGCCUGGGUCUCCACUGGUCCACAUGCCCCUGCCCAUGCCUCUGACCACUAUGAUUUCUCAACUAGACACCCAGGGGUUAGACGCUCAGGCCCAGCCCAUCCAGCUCCCACAGCCUUCAGACCACCAGAUGAACUCCAAAACACCAACUCUAGACAUGGCACCUCAACCCCUUGUUAAGGAUCCAGAUGUGCAACCAGAAUCUCCAAACCCGCUAGAGAAACUUCUAGAGGAUCCAAAGGAAGAGGAUGAAGAAGAAGACAAAAACAAUUACAGCAAUUCUUUAUUCCUACGCGACGUCUGAAAGUUAUCAAUUAGCAAAGUGUCAUAUUACAUUCCUGUGGGUGUAUAUGUUGAGUGAUUUGAUUUUCUUCCUGAGUGAUUUUUUUUGUUUGUUUUAUUUUUA